AUGGCGCCGGCGAACAAGCGACGAUUGCCGCGCAGCGUGGUCGAGACGGCGACGCGGCGCGCGCGCGAGGGACGGACGGGCGCGGGAGACGCGCGGGAGGGGUCGGUGGUAACGACGGGCGAUGAAAACGAACCGGGGAAAGAUGCGACGACGACGACGACGACGACGACGACGACGGCGGCGAUCGGGAGCGAAUUGCCGAGAGCGAGCGAGCGCGUCGCCGCGGUGUUCGAGUACGACGGACCGAUCGUGAUCGCGAACACGGCGAAGGAGUUGGACGAGGCGAUGGGUCGAAUCGAGGCGAUUCGCGGCGACGCGGAUGACGGCUCGGCGGCGCACUGCGGAUUCGAUAUGGAGUGGCGAGUGACGUUUAAGAAGGGAGCGGGGGAGUCGAAGACGUCGUUGGUGCAGAUCGCGGCGGCGAGCGCGGAUUUGAAGCGAAAGGUUGUGGUGUUGGCGAGGAUACAUACCGCCGGGUUGACGCGCGCGUUCAAGCGCUGGUGCCGGGAUUCGUCUCGAGGGAAGACGGGAUUCAACGCCAGAGGCGACGCGAGGAAGCUCGCGAGGGAUCACGGCGUGGAGAUAUCGAGAGUGAUCGAGCUCAACGCAUUGGCCGCGGAGCGAUUUCCGGGAGGGUGUCCGAGCGCGCCGUCAUGGUCGCUCGCGCGGCUCUGCGAGCACGUGUUGGGAAAGACGCUGCCAAAGGACAAGACGCGCAUGUCGAAUUGGGAGCGGGAGAAGUUGAACGAAAAUCAGAUCAAGUACGCUGCUAUGGAUGCAUGGGCAUCUCUCAUGGUGUAUCGUGCGCUCAUGCGAAGGGAAGUGGUCGAAACCAUGGGCGCGGAGCCGUAUGAGUACGACCCUCUCCCGCCGGCGGUCGUGAAGACGUCGUCGGACGAAGACGAGAGCGAGGAGGAUGAAGAAGCGUGCGCGCAUUCUGACGACGACGUCGACGAUGAUAUGGUGAACGUACUCGAUAACAAAGAUGCCAAGGGCGACCUAACGCCGCAAAGCGCCAAGGUGAGCGGCAAUGUUGAGUUGACGAGCGAGGAACGCGUCGUGUACGAAUUGCACUUGUCGGGCAUGAAACCCGCGUGCAUCGCUAAAGAACUUGGCGUAACAGAACAUAUCAGGAACGUGGUGAUGAUGCCUCUCACCCGAGCGCUUCGCAAGGGAUGUGCGUUCUAUUACGACCUGCUAGACGUCCCGCAGGAUAUGACGCUGUGGUUCAGCGACUUUGUGUACAUGAAUAGCCGCGGACCGAAGAUGGGUGAUUUCACGAGUCAGUUCGAAAUUACUCCGGAGAACGCGCAGAUAUAUCUCAUCAUGAUGGCGUUGAAGUUCGCAAGAGAUCAAGAGCGUAGGUAG